UUCAAUUAUUGGUAUCUGUCGUGUUGCUAGCUGCUUCGGGCGAGGCCGCCAUUGUUGUAUCUGCACGCGGAGAGUAGCAGACGGCACACCAUCUUACGAGAUGUUUUAUCAUGUCGACAGAUGGACAUAAGCGGCUGAAUGAGCUGCCGGAAGUUUCGCCAUUCAUCGUUUGUACUCAAUCAUCAUCGUUAUCUGUUCGGAAAUCCUCCGAUAUUUUCAUUACUACAUUUGAUUCUGCGAACACCAGCAAACUAUCAGCUGACCAGAAGCGUGAGCAGUUCGCCUCCCGGCGUCCUCGGUCGCUGAAAGACAUCUUCUUUCGGUCUAAAAACUCCGACAAGGGCAUUCCAUUUGAUAAAGGUCCAAGUGAUACGAAGUCUAAAUUCUCCAACAUUGUUUCAAAACACAUCCUGCCUUUCCGAUUUGUUCGAAAUCUUCGAUCUGAGUUUAAGAAACCGGAAAGGCCCGAUACCACUUCCUGUCCAAAUCUUGCUCAGAAAAACGGUUUGGAAACGCUUGCCACUAAGCCCGAAAACACUAUCGUGGCCCCUUUUGCUGGUACCCCAGAUCAAGAGUAUACUAGUUCCUCUGAACAAGAGAGCCCCGAGGAGACAGAAAUUAAACCCUUUCCACCUUCACAGUCUUUUCCAAAAAGUGACUACGACAGAUCGUUUUACAACCCACUACACGAAAGAAACCCUCUGCGUGUGCAACAUCUUGCCAUCCCUAAAAGUAACGAGGGGUCAAAACAUAGUCUCCCGGUGGCCGACAUAUUCACAACAUCUUUUACUCAUUCAACAGCCCCCAAAACAACCCAGUCACUGUCUAAACUUCAGUGCAAAAGCGCGCAAGAAUUGCCAAAAAGCCCAAUUGUUGCCAUCAAACAAAAAUUGAUUCGAAGCUAUUCGGACACACCUCCGCGGUUAUCGAUUAAACCACAAGGUAGCACAGCUUCACUGAAAAUCCCGACUUGUCUGCAAUCGAAAAUGUACAGGGACGAUUGUGUGUCGCAGGUGCUAGAUUAUCUUUUUAUAGGUAGUAUCGAGGUAGCCUAUAACGAACCAAAACUAUGCCGCCUGAAGAUCGAUUCGCUGGUUGACAUCAGUAACUUAUCGUCUGCUCAAGUGCCUUCAUCGAAGAAGUUACACUGUCCCUGCCUUUGCGGAAAUGACAGUCGUCACUUCCGGUCAAGGCUUAUUAUUCGUGUGGAGGAUGACGACAAGGAAGACAUUGAACAAUAUUUCUCUGAAAUCAACAAGUUUAUUGACGGUGCUAGGAAAUGCGGGAAAAACGUUCUUAUAUUCAGUUACCAUGGUAAUUCGCGUGCACCUGCUGCUGCUAUUCAGUAUCUUAUGAGUCAUGAGGGGUUUCUACUUCGCCAAGCCUACAACCUUGUCAAAAACCAGCGACCGUCUGUGGACAUUAAGCAAGGGUUUCAAAACACAUUGGAAACACUGGAGCAUAGACUAUUCCCCGAGGCUAAACCUUCCCUUCCGUUCAGCAACGAUUAUCUAAACAUCGCUGAUCCGCAGGCCAUCAAGUGCGCAUGGGUGGACUGUUCCGACAUGUGACAUCCGGAUCUAAUUAUGCUACUAACAUUGUAAUCAAGGUGGCUUUUUACCACUUAAUGAACGCCCUUUGAAACACAUCACAAUAUGCUUAUUUUGUAAUGUCCAAAGAGCUUGUUGUCUUUUGUCUUUUGGUAGACAUUUUUAAGCAGGGCCCUUGGUUAGGUUCUAAUAAUUUACAGGGAUAAGAUUUGAAAAUGAUUGCUUAUUUAUCGGAUUAUAUAAUGGAAAAUUACUUUUUAAAAGUUCAUAUUGAAGAAGCAAUUAUUAAAUUUAUAUUAUAAUCUAUUUUCGCUACAAGCAAAGUACAUGCCUUAGGAAAUAUGCAGAACAUAGAAAACAAAAGCAAAAAGACUACUUUACAUAAUAUCAAAUAAGCGUUCGUGAGAGAGUGAGUUCACCUCUGAAUCUAUCGAACUCUUUAAAUAUAUCAAUUUCAAACUGUGUCGUAUUCAUGAAACAAUACUUAAUCUAAGAAAUAUUAACUAUUUUAUUCUAUGUCUCAAAAAAUCUAAAUCUAUAAGAAGUCCAUUUUGUCAAAAUAUGUAUAAAAAUUUAAAACUAUCAAUAGGACUGACAAAUUGACAGAGGGCGUCAUUGUAGUAUAAAAGUACUGGUGUUCUAUUUCUAUUUUGCGAAUCACACAAAGUUAAUAGCAUAUAGAUAUGCAGCUGCUUCUGGCCUUUUGUUUUGCUCGUUUACUGUUCAUUAUAGUGUUUUUUUUAUAUUUUGAAAACUACAUGUAUUGCUUAUAGCUUAGGUUAAUGAGUUGAGGCUCUUUGCACCUAAUUGGCGUGGACUUGCAAAGUUGCUUUUAUAAAUAAAGGAUUGUUUACUUCUCAUACAGAAUUUUAACAUUGCCUCUUUUGGUACUCAUACUUUUAAGAAAGUUUAUAUACCUUUCUUACUGGCUGAUGUGUUUCUCAGAUGUAUAAACAUGACAAAGACAAAUGCAUAGCGUAUUUCACACCUUAAUCUGAUAAGUCUGUAAGGUAGCUGCGCCUACUUAACCCCCUGAUUGACAACACAAUCACGUGACGUUAUGUUAGGCGCUUUCGUAAUUCCUAUGACGGAUGCCAAGAAGUCACUCCGCAAUGUAAUAAAUCACGGUAAUUUUGAUUCAUUCUCGAUACAAAAAAAUAAUCAUAGGUUGUUGCAUGCCAAUUUCAUUUUACUUUUAGGAGGAAACAUACUCUUUUCGCUUGGGAAUUAUUCUUGUGGGAAAUUUGAAUCCAAAAAAAUCUUGUUUCUCAGCUGAUUGACAAACCUAAGAAAAGUCGGAGGUAUAUAUAACUCGGGCAAGGUGCAUGCAAAGAUACAUCAUCGGUUGUUUCCCCUUGAACUUAAGACUUCUCUGUCUGUAGUGUUGUUUUAAAACUUGUAAUGAACUAAAUUUCUGGUACAUAUAAAUGUUUGUAGAUUUUUUGAGAGUUGAAAUAAGAACGAAAGCAUACGUUUGAGGUAGAAUUUCCACGGAUGUACAUGUAUAGUAUUACUAUAAUACCAACACAGUAGAAAGCCCGGGUGGAUAUGUAUGAUAAAUCAUGGAACGUACUCACUAAUUGUACACAUGUCUGUAUGAAUUUGCUGUUUUCUACAUUAAUAAAUUGAUAUAAAGAAG